AUGUCGCUGUACCGCAAGAACGAACCCAUCACCGUCAUUACCGCCCACGACUUUCCCUCGGCACAUGUAGCCGACCAGGCUGGCAUUGAUAUCGUUCUUGUCGGCGACUCUUUGGCUAUGGUUGCUCUGGGUAUGGACGACACCAGCGAAGUUCUCAUGGAGGAGAUGCUCUUGCACUGCCGCAGUGUUGCCAGGGGUGCCAAAUCCGCCUUCCUCGUCGGCGACCUCCCAAUGGGCACCUACGAAAUCUCCCCGGACCAAGCCCUCCAAUCCGCAAUCACCAUGAUCAAGACCGGCCGCGUCCACGCCAUAAAACUCGAAGGCGGCGCCGAAAUGGCUCCUACGAUCAAGAAAAUCACCUCCGCCGGCAUCCCCGUCCUCGCCCAUGUGGGUCUUACACCUCAACGCCAAAACUCUCUCGGUGGCUUCAGAGUCCAAGGGAAGACUACAGCAAGUGCGCUAAAAUUGCUACAAGACGCCAGAGCGGUGCAAGAGGCAGGUGCAUUUGCGACGGUAGUAGAAGCUGUACCCGCCGAGAUUGCAACUCUGGUGACGAAAAAGUUGAGGAUUCCUACUAUUGGCAUUGGGGCUGGAAAUGGCUGUUCAGGACAAGUGCUUGUGCAAGUGGAUAUGCUGGGCAACUUCCCUCCCGGGCGCUUCUUGCCCAAGUUUGUCAAGAAGUACGGAGACGUGUGGGGUGAGUCGUCGAGGGCGAUCCAGCAAUAUAAAGAGGAGGUUAAGACGAGGGCAUACCCUGCUGUUGAGCAUACGUACGCUAUGCCUCAGGCGGAGCUUGCUGAGUUUGAGAAGUUGAUGGCUGAGGAUAAGGAAGAGACGAGUGUGUAG